ACGUCACGUGUCGAUGACGUGUACGUAAACAAACGCUGAGCCAAUCACAGAGAGGCAGCUGGGUCAGCUGACUGCAGCUGGUCAGUGUUGUGAACAUGGCUGCACACGGACACCACCACUUCUCUCCGUGUUUCUGCGACUUGAUGAGGUUGCUGUGGUCCCUGGUGGAGCCCUGUGUCUACCUCAGCCUGGUCCUGACCCUCUUCCUGCUGCUGCUCCUGCUGGGGGUCCGCGCGUGGCUGCAGGGCCGCCGCAAGGCCCGCCGGGACCAGGAGGGCGGCGGGCCCGCGGUGGCCUUCUUCCACCCGUACUGCAGCGCCGGAGGAGGCGGGGAGCGGGUCCUCUGGUGCUCCCUGAGGGCCCUCAUGCUCCGAUACCCCGGCGUCUCCUUCGUGGUCUACACGGGCGACCAAAGAGUGACCGGCGAGCAGAUUCUGGAGGGAGCCCGGCAGCGUUUCAACAUCACGCUGCCUCGACCAAUCACCUUCAUCUUCCUGCGUCACCGCUCGCUGGUGGAGGCCGGCUCGUACCCGCACUUCACGCUGCUGGGACAGAGCGGCGGCUCCAUGUUCCUCGGCUGGGAGGCGCUGACGUCCUUCGUCCCCGACCUGUACGUGGACUCGAUGGGCUACGCCUUCACUCUGCCCAUCUUCCGCUACCUGGGUGGCUGUAAAGUGGCGAGCUACGUCCACUAUCCCACCGUCAGCACCGACAUGCUGUCUGUGGUCAGAGAGAGGAACCCCAGAUUCAACAACGCUGACUUAAUCUCCAGAAACCCGGUUCUGAGCGCGGUUAAGGUGGUGUACUACUGCUGCUUCGCCCUGCUGUACGGCCUGGCCGGCUCCUGCAGCGACGUCAUCAUGGUGAACUCCACCUGGACGCUGGGACACAUCCUGUCUCUGUGGCGCAGCCCGAGCCGCACCAGCGUCGUCUACCCGCCCUGCGACGUCAGGGCCUUCUUGGACGUCUCGCUGGAGAAGGAGGAGGAUGAAGAGGAAGAGGAGGAGGGCUGGGAGGAGCUCAGGCCGGAGCUGGGCAGCGGAGAGGAAGGAGGCGGGGACAGGAAGUGCCACUCCAUUGUGUCGGUGGGUCAGUUCCGGCCGGAGAAAGACCACCGGCUGCAGAUUCGGGCGUUUCACAAACUGCUGGGCAGGAAGGAGGCGGGGCCCGGGGGGCGGGAGUCUCUGCGGCUGGUGCUGAUUGGUGGAUGCAGGAACCAGGAGGACGAGGAGCGAGUGCUGCUGCUGCGAGGCCUCUGUGAGGAGCUGCAGGUGUCCGACCGCGUCCACUUCAAACUCAACGUGCCCUUCGAGGAGCUGAAGAGGGAGCUGGUGGACGCCACCAUCGGCCUGCACACCAUGUGGAACGAACACUUUGGGAUAGGUGUGGUGGAGUGUAUGGCCGCAGGCACCAUCGUCCUCGCUCACAAGUCCGGAGGUCCGAAGCUGGACAUCGUGGUGCCGCACGAAGGCGGACAGACGGGCUUCCUGGCCGACAGCGAGGACGGCUAUGCCGCUGCCAUGGAAACCAUCCUGUCUCUGUCUCCGUCGGCCAGACUGGAGAUCCGCCGCAACGCCCGCCGCUCCGUGGAGAGAUUCUCCGACCAGGAGUUUGAGGCUUGUUUCCUCGCCGCCACAGAGUCUCUGAUGAGUACGCUGCAGCGGUGAGGACGGACCGGACUUUAUUCAACAUUCUUUCUUCACGCUUCAGAUAUAAAAGGUGUGAAAAUAA